AUGGACUGUGUAAUGCUCCUAGAUCGUUUAGGCGAAUUCCGUUCAAUCAGUGACAUCUACCAAAUUCUCCAAAAAAUAUUAUCAGACCUCAACGAAUUUGUAUAAUCCUUUGCAUAAAUUUCAUUUUGCUUAUUUAUGAUAAAUUAAUUUAAAAUAUCAAAAAAUUUGUAACAUACCAUAGACUCAGUUUUAUAUGUAAUGACAUGUCAAAAUUUUUUUGACAUUUUAAAAUCAAUUUACCAUAAAUAAGCAAAAUCAAAUAUUACCAAUACAUUAUAAUAGAAGGCCACAGUCUUCCCAUCUUUACUGAGCAGCUUAUCGAGAAAUUGGUCCCAUUAAUCUGCGAAGAUUUAAUUAAAACUUUCAAAUUCAAGAACGACUCCCGCUCUCGUUCAGUCAAUAAAAACCCUAGGCAUCGUGAUAAAAAUCAAUUUGACAAAGUCCUCGACAAAAUUGGGAUGAUUCUUUUAAAGCUGUGCCAUAAAAGCGAAAUUGCGAGCGAAAGGGUCAUUGAAAUGUGCUUCCAGCAUAUAGAAAGCCACCCAGAGUGUACAAAUACGUUUGUUAUUCUUAUCAAGCUGUUCCUGUUCUCUGACCAGGUAAAAAGCACUAUUAAAGAUAUGGAUGCCGCCAGCAUUGUGGUUAGUCUUUUAGAAAAAAUAUGUGGGCAGCCUAGGACAAUGCCAGCUGACCAUUCUCCUUUAAAGCAAAAACACUCAAGAAAAGCAAGCGAUUUUAGUGCAAUGCUGCAUCAGCCUUCUACACCUAAAUGUGCGCCAGUAGAGUACCGCACUGCGUUAAAUAGGUCACUUAUAUCAGAAAAUGAUAGCUUUUUUAUGGAGCUUCCUACACUUCAUGGACAUACGGUGUCGUCAAGAGCUUUACGAAGGGUUGCAAGAGUAAAAGUAGAAGAAACAAGGCCAAAAUCGCCAGUUGUGCCUGUGCUAAAUAUUCCUCCACAAGAUACUAAUAGGUCGUCAAAAAGGGCUGAUGUGCAGAAAUCGAUAAGUUAUAGAUCAGGGAGGGUUUCAGCUUUUUCUGGGUCUUGGGGGGAAAAUAUUCAAAGUCCAGUGAUGGCGAGUCCAUAUGGAAAAGAAACGCCUAAGCCAAAUGCUUCACAAGUUUUUGAUUUUGAGACGUCUUAUAUUGCUGAAGAAAGCACAAAUUAUCACGAAGUCGUCCCUCCUACAAAAAUUAUUUGUAAUUUAGCUUUGCAAUUGGGUGAAGCCUGCUUGACGGCUGAUUUGACAGCUUUGAUUUGCCAGAAAAGAGAUAAUGAUUUAGAAAAAAUUGCAAAAUUGGCUGCAUUUCCUGGGAAUGCAUUUGAAAAGAAAAAAGAAAAAAUAGAAAAAAAGCCUAAAAAAGAAAAAAAAUUGAGAUCACAGUCUUUAACGUCACUUUACAGUCCUCAACAUAUAGCUCAGAAAAAUAGUGAUAAUUUAUUAUUUUUAGGGAAGCAUGGCCAAGCUUCAACCCAAAGGCAUCGCACAACGGUAUUAUCAUUUCUAUUAUAUAUUGUUCAAAUGUAUGAGCCAAACGAGCUUCAAUUCAUCAAAAACCCUCUUAACAUCCUAUUUGCCCAUGUUUUAUCUUCAGACUACACAAGACACCAAAAUGCUUUAUUAAUAAAAAACCAAGAAAGUGGAGCUUUCAGCGAUGACGAGAACGAAUUAUAUGAAGAAGAGCAGUGUUGUACUGGCGAAGACUCAUUAGAAAAGGUUUCCAAUGAAAUUCAAACCUUAGAGUUCUUAAAAGAAGAAGCUGAAGUCCAGCCAAGCAACACAGUCCCAGGCAUGAGCCCUCGUGGUGUCCAUCCUCAUCAAGAAGAGCGCAAAGACGACCGUCGCGACAUCAGCAUAAAUUAUGAAAAUUCUUAUUUUUUCGGCAACGAAAGCAGCGGACUUGAAUUCGGCUUUUUCCAAGUCUGAAGUAAAAGGACUGAGGAAUUUUUAAUUCCUGAGCAUACGGCGAUUUUUGCAUUGUUGACUGCUUAUGCACAAUAUACAGAAUCAGUUCAUAGGCAAGCCAUAACGCCUUCUAUAGCAACAGUAAUGCCGAAUACAUCAUCCUCUCAGAUGUAUGAAGCAAUUUCGCCUAAAAAAUCCAAGGGAAGGUCUCCGAAUAUCUCAAUGGCGCUAACCCCCCUACUCCGUGAGCGAAUAAAUCAUUGGAAAAUUCCUUGGGCCUCUGUAUGCAAACAAAAUGUUUUUAAUAUAAAAAUUUUUAUAAAAAUAUAUUCGAUAUAUAAAUGAUAAUUAUAUAAUGAAAUCUCUAAAUCUGUUGAAUUUUAAACAGCUUGCAUUUUAAAACAUAAAUUAUACAAGUUAAUUAAUUUUUGUUUUCCAAUCUUUGCGAAUUGGGAUUUUUUUAAAUUUCAAAAAAAAUUGACAAAAUUUAUAUAUAAAUUAUUAAAAAAAUUAUACCCUCCAUUAACGAACAAAGUUUUAUUGUUCGCUCACGGAGGGGAGUAAGUAUGAUGAUGGAAGACCCAUAUGCCCAGUACAGAGAAACUACGCUUUGGAUUAAUGGGGUUGGGUGAAGAGAUAUGAGCUCAAAAGAAAGGCUGAGAAAAAAAUCUGACUUGAUACUAUAUAGACUUAGUAGAAGGCUUCUGUGGAUACAGUUGAGCUAUUCAGAAGCUCAGCUGGCUGAGGCAGAGACUGAGCUAUUUAUGCUUUUGAGUAGAUAUUUGAGAAUAUGCAGAAGCAGGAUAAGUUUUUUCCAAACAGUAGACUUGAUAUUUGAGCAGCUGCUGGUUACUAAGAAAUCUCUUUUAGAGCAUGCAGAAUGGCCAGGAUCAAGACCAGGGUCCCCAACCCAAAGUGUAGGAGGGCCUUCAAGACAGCUUGGGGGAGCCUUUUUAGAUGUUAUUUCUCAGUUGUUGAUACAAAGCCAAACAGUUGAAGCAUAUAAACUUUUAUAUGAUGUUUUUGUAGGAAAUGACAGCUGGAAUGAAUGCACAAAAAUUUUUACACUAAGCUUGCUCAAUGAUAAUGUAAGAAGCGAAGCCAGAUCUGCUAUAAAAUAUUACAAUGCCAUUUCAAUAUUUUUAAGAAAAAUUGUCAAUGAACUGCAGCUGGAUAGAAAAUCAGCUGAGCUUAACUCGUCAGAAAAAAAUUGAAAGGAAAAUAUCCGCAGAGUUUUAGGAGGUUUUGCAUGGCUUAUUUCUCCAAUGAAAGGGAUUAUUCCCAAAUUCUUGUAUAAGCAUAGUUAUGAUGCAAGCCCAAAUAAUUUGCAUCAAUUUUCGCCUCCACCAAGAAAUCUGUAUGUGACGAGGUCUAUUUUAGAAUUAUUGGAAAAUCUGUAUUGGUUUAGUCCUAGAUUCACGAAUUAUAGGAAUGAAGAAUAUGCCCUACACUAUAUCAGGGUUCACUAUAUAUAUAGUAAUUAAUAGGCUAAGCACUAAAUAAUUAUAUUAUUAGUAGAGAAUUCUGGAUAAAAAAGCCAUAUAUAAAUAUUAACUGCAUUUCUGGCCAAAGCCUAGUAUAUAUCAUUUUUAAAACUUUAUACAAAUAAUAAACCUAAACAAGUACAAGAAGAGCCACUUUUAAAUGCAACUGUAGGAAACCACAUUUCUAUGUCUUCUGUCCAAGAAAGUGCACAAACCUCAGCAUAUUUUAAGGCUUGUCAAGAAUUGUGCAAACUUCAUUUAAGAUGUCUAUUUGCUUACGCAAGAAACCGCACCCCAGACGUAACAAGAAAAUUUUUUCAAUAUCGAAUUCUUGAUUUCUUAACAAGAGAAAUCAGCUUAGAAUACGAUAUAACGCUUAAUCUCCCUAGAUUUCUAAUAAAAAAAAAAUAAUUUUUUAAAAAAAAAAACUGCAUUUAUUGAUAAUUUUGCAUUUUAAUAAAAAAUCAUGAAAGAGCUAGAAGGGAAAGAUUCAUUGAGCUUAGACAAGCUGAAAAAGAAAGGGUGAAGAUGAAAUUUAGAUCAAUAGAAGAAAAGAAGGCAGAAGAAAAGAAAACUGAAGAAAAAAUUGAAGAGAAAAAAAGUGAAAGCGAUUUUGCACCGAUAUCUGUUCCGAAAAAGCCAAUCUCAGCACUUCUUAAGCUUGACUUAAAAAAUGUUCCAAAGCGGACAACAGAAGCUUAUAAAACAGAAGCAGAAUCUUCAAUUAUUAAGCCGCCAGAAGCUCCCAGCCUAAGGCUGGAAACCCCAAAUCUGAAUAAAAAACCAGAAAUUCCAUCUUUAAAGCUCGAGCCUGCGAACCCUGAAAUCAAAAAAUCCCCAGAAUUCCCAAGCAUCGAGCCAAAAACAAGUUCUAAGCCUCCUUUCAAAAUUCCUAGCCUCAACCUUCCUCCCUCCCUCACAAGCUCAAAAUCCGAAGAGUCCAAAGCUAGCCUCAAAAUCCCCAGCUUAAGCCUCGGUCCAGAGCUUUCCCAAAACCCUCCCGAAGUCCCAAUAAUAAAAGUCGACUCCCUCGUAGAAAACCUAAAACCUUCCCCAAUGAUCAAAAAACCUCUAAUUCCAUCCUUAAAAAUUGGCUCCUUGACGCAAGACCCAGAAAAAAAAGAAAUCGAAAAACAAGAAUUUGUCAAACAAUGCCUUGAAGGAGAUGGCAAAAAACAUGAAAAUUAUGAGUUGACAAGGAUCCAAACAUCACUGGACGGGACACAAAAAAUGCAGCUGUCUAUGUUUGAAAGUAAACAAAAAUCAAGUGAAAUUGAAAACCAGCUGGAUGAGCAGGAGAUGUGUAAAGAAAAUGAAUUUUAUGAGCAGCAGAGAAAGCAGAGAGAAAUUUAUUCUGACGAUGAUCUGCAGGCAAGCAUUUUGGCGUUGAUUUUUUGCCUGCUGCUGACCCCGACAAGAGGAACACUAGAGGAGCUUUAUUGUGCGCAACAUCCUAGUGAUGCUGGGAAAUCAAAUGUAUGCUGAUUAAUGAUUAUUAUUUAAUUAAAUAUAUAUAAUAAUGUUAAUUAUCAAUUACCCUUGUGAACUAUAUUAUUUUUACUGCACCAUCAUAUUAACUAUCCCUUAAAUGUCCACAUUCUCCCCAAGCUUCAAAAAUUAGUUGGUCACAUCGUCCCAUUACAUUGCAUUAUGUAGACGGGCUCGCGCCCUUAAUUUUAACGCAAUCACCGAAGAUCCCUUGUGGGAUUCAACCGCUUUGCGACCUUCCUUCCGUCGGGUCUCCUCCUUGUCUCUUGUAAAAGACUCCAGUCUUGAGUGGGCAGUCUACGGGUUUGUGCGGCCUCCUGAGGCUGAGGGGAGUACGAAGUUGGCAUUCCGAAAUUCCAAAAAAUGGAAUUUCUGGUAGCCUAUCGGCAAAAGGGUUAAGUCCAUGUCCUGGGACGUAACGCCCAGUUUCACGCUAGGCAGUUGCCCGAUUGGUCUAGGUAUUACCUGUAGACCUUGCUGGGCUUGCCCUUUCCAAGCCUGAACCUUCCUUUUCUUCGAGGUAAAAACCAGUCUCGAAAUUUGACUUUGGUUAGGCUCUGCUCCUGCAGAACUGGUUAUCAUAGCAUUGCUGUCCAUCUCAAGACUAGAAAAACCUUGCCGGAUAUAAUUAAAAUCUGUAUCGAGGAUGUAUGGCCGUGAGGCCAUACCUUGAUGAAGACGCCAUAUUUUAAUUGGCUGCAUCGUCCCACCUUUAGCUGGCCAAAGGCUACUAAAGCUUCUCUCAAUUGAAUUUUUUGACAGCUCUAUGUACCAGAACUGGAAAAAAAUCGGAACUGGAGCAUAUGGUACAGUCUAUGAGUGCUCAACAGGACUAGGCGAGCCUAUAACAGUAGCAAUUAAAAAAAUGCCGAUCCCAAAAGCAAUCCAUGACCGGUGCGUAUUGCACGACAUUUUUACCGAAAUUGCUUGUCUUGAAGAAUUCAGACUGGAGCGAUGUGUCACCGAUCUUUAUGACUAUGGUGUAGACGGCAGCGAUUACUACAUUGUAAUGAAGCGUUACCCAAAGUCCCUCAAAGACUGAAGGACAGAAGUCCAAGGCACAAUUGAAGAAAAUAUCCCAAAAUUCCUUACAAUUUAUAGAGAAAUAUUAAAAGCGGUACAAAUAAUUCACAGACAUAAUGUCACUCAUUAUGACUUAAAAUGUGACAAUGUGCUGCUGGAGGAUCCUAUUGAGGAUUGUCAGGUUACUAUUGGGGAUUUUGGAGAAUGCAGAAUGUUUGUAAACUCUGAUGAUGAAAAUUGUUUGGCUAAUAAAGGGACUGAGUAUAUAAAAAGUCCUGAAAUGCUGCUAUUGACAGCAGCUGUAAAAAAAGAGACUGAUAAGUAUGAUAGGAGACGUAAAGUUGGGACCACAAGAGCUUCUGAUAUAUGGUCACUUGGGUGUUUACUUUAUGAGCUUCUUACUGGCGAUUUGUUGUUUUAUAAUCCUGACUGGAUACAAUUUUUUAUUAGAUGCACUACUUAUAAUGAAGAAUUAUUAUGCUUUUUUCUUAUAAUUAUCAAUUAUUUUUUUUAAAAUUAAUUUUUUUUCAAUGCAAACAUGCAAGAAUAAUUGAAGAAAAACUAGAAAAAAUUCACAACAAUAUUUAUCUCAUUGACUUUUUACGCUAUAUGUUAGUCAGAGAUCCCAGACAUCGUCCUUCCAUUGACAACGUCUUAAAACGAUUCGAGCACUUACAUGCUUUGCUUGUAAGUGCUCCAGCAAUCCCUAGAGGCCCUCCUUCAAGCCACCAAAUCCAAAGUUUUUCUUCUUUUGAACAAGUCUUAGACAGCUGCGUCUCCAUGAUGUCACUUACCUUUUGUGCUGCAGAGUCAAAAAACAAGACAAGUCCUUCUUUUAUGAGGAUCACCCAUGACGUGUAUUUAUGCUCUUCAAAAUUCUUGAAAAAUAAUACCGUGUGGAUGUCAAAUUUAGGAAUAACCCACAUUGUGCAUUCAGGGUCUGACGAGCAAGCACUAACUCCCCCCCCCCCUCCGUGAGCGAACAAAACCAUUAGAAAAAAUCGCCAUUUUUUGACCAAAAACCCACCCUCCGUGAGUGAACAAAAAUUUUUUUAAUAGAAAAAAUUUUAAAUGGAAAAAAAUUUUGAUAUAUAAGUGAUAAUUAGUAUAAUGAAAUCUAGAGCUAAUUCUGUUUAAUUUUAAACAAAUUGCGUUUUAAAACAUAAAUUUUGCAAAUUAAAUUAAUAUUUGCUUCCCAAUUUUUGCAAAUUAGGAUUUUUUUAAAAUUUCGAAAAAAAUAUUUUUUAUAAAAUUUAUAUAUAAAUUUUUUUUAAAAAAAAAAAAUUAACCCCCCUCCGUGAGCGAACAAAUUUUUUUUGUUCGCUCACGGAGGGGGGGGGGGGAGUAAGGAGGUUCCAAAAUAUCAUGGUAGGGCCUUCUCCGUUGCAGAGCUUAGCUGGUGUUCUGGACUUUUUAAAGGCAGCUCAUAUAAGUAAAGGAAGGGUAGCUUUUGUAGAAAAUGAAGAAUUGAGCAUUAGGGUUUGUCUACUAGCAUGCUUGAGUGAGAUUUUUGUGACUAGUUUUUAUGAGACUUGGAGCUUGAUUAAUAGCCAAUCUAUGUUUUUUGAUCUUCCUCAGGACUGCUUGGCACAGCUUUCGAUAUGGACUCUUCAGCAAAGCAAAAUUCGCCAAUAUCUGAUGAGGUAUCCUAGGUAUCAGUGCUUGUGUGGGAGCUGCACAAUAAUUUUAAAGAGACAUUUGGCUGACCCUAAGUACCAGACUAAUAAAAAUUGCAAUUGUGCGAGACAGUAUAGAAAUGUAGACACUUCAGACUGCCCAAGUCCUGGCUGUGGGGACUUUUUAAGUGCAAUUAAAGAUAUGCAUGGACUAUCAUGGGAUUCUCUGCAUUGGGGAUUUGCUGAUAAAGACGAUUUCUUGGUUGGUCCUUUAACUCAGAACAAAAACCAAGAGCAAGUGAUUUUAAAUUCUUUGAAUUUGGAUGCAAAUGCGGAGCUGUUUAAGGUUAUUGAAAAAAGACCCUGGAGAAGUGGAGCUGAUCAGUGGGGACUUUAUAAAUGUAAAACAUGCCAUAUGUGGAUUUGAGGAAGGAAAUUUUACUAUAAAAUAAUUUUUGUAAGAAAUCCCUAUAAAGUAAAUAAAUAAAUAUUUUGGUUAGAUUAUAAUAGAAACCAUGGAUUUUUGCUAUUUCUAAUGAUGAAAGUAGGGUAGCGUACUUAACAAAUAUCAACGUUACAGGAAUCCCUCCUGGAAUUAUGUCAGGCGGAAGCACCUUAAGUGUCCCUGUGCUCAGUAAAAUCAAGCUGCCUCUAUUAGUAGUCCAAAAAGGUUCAGAGAUGGUGAAGCCAACAAUCUCAUAUGCAAGUGCUUUUAUCCCAACCAAAAAAUUAAAUUCGUCUCAGAUUCAGACAUAA